AAUCAUUAUUUUUGUGUUUUUCAGACUUGAAUAACUUUUUUUGUAGAAAUGAUAUCGAAAAAAUAAAAACGAGGUUGCACAGUCAAAGUUCUCUUGUUUGUAGUGUGAAAAUUUCGUUACUUAGUUAUGACUGUAGUUUUUGUGGUUCUUUCCCGCGCGAAACAAUUUUUACGUAAAGAUUUCAAUUUUAUUGAAUAUUGUUAACUUUACUUUACUGUAGUGUGCUGCUGCCCUACGGUCGUUGCGACUUGCGACAUCGAAUACGAUUUCCCCCACCACGAUAGACUGCAAUUAUUAGCGCGCUAUGGUUAUCGGUAAUCAGCUCGCCCGUAAUAGUUUCCAGGAAUAGUUUCGAUAUGAAACAAUUUAAUUUUGGUGACUGGCUACUAACUGCCAAUAUUAUAAAUUAUAAUAGUAGUACUAUUAUAGUAUAAUCUACUGCUGCGACUUGCGCCUUUGACACGGCGGAGGACGCGCACUACAUGUCUAGCGCUUCAAUAGCCAGCACUGUAUAAUUAUUAUAGUUUGUUGAAAAAUUGAAUUUUUGUGAGUGUUUCAUUUUGUAUAUUAUUCUGUGAUAAAUAUUAAAAUGUCACCCAAAAAAUUCCGUACAAAAAAAAGGACAGUUGGAAAUAAAGCUUUACGUCAACGUAUGAAAGAUUUAAAAAAUAAAAAAGGGUUAAAAUCUAUAUCGACUAGAAUAGACAUUGAACAAACAGAAGAAAUUGUUGAGUCUCAAUGUAAUAAUAUUAGUAUUACUGUGACAGAUAACUCAAAUGAUAAACUAGUAGAUUCUUUCUCGGGUUCAGAUUUUGACCAAACCCUCAGUUUAGACUGCAAUGAUAUAUUCGAAGGUGCACCACUGUCGGAACUAAAUAUUAGUGGUAUAGAACCUAUGGAACCCUCAUUGUCAACGUUGUCAAACAAAUCAUAUUUAUCUCAAUCGGAUGAUUUAAGUGUAUCAUCGCAUCUAUUAAAUGUACAACAAGUUGAUGAUACUGAAAAUAGUUCAUCGGAAUAUAUUGAUACGAAAAGUUGUUUAUCUGGACGUCGUAUUGUUGAUAUUUUUUUUUUUAUACAACAAAUACAAGUUCGUCACAGUGGAGGAAUGGACUGCAGUUUUAUUGAUAUGCAGUUCCAAUCGGAAAAAAUUUAUGGAUUUCAUUCUGUUUUUAAUUUUAAGUGCAAAAUGUGUGGUAUAACGUCCAAAAUAUACUCUGCAGAAAAUGCUCAACAAAAAUGUCUACCAAUUAAUAAGGCAAUAAUCAGUGGUUGUCAGGCUAUAGGGAUCGGCCACACCCAAAUGUCCGAGUUUGCUGCGUUUUUAGAAAUGCCUUCACUUUCUUGUACCGGUUUCGUUAAGCUACAGAGUGUAGUAGCCAAUUCAAUACACGAUUCGGCGUGGGAAGAAAUAAGGAAAGCUGGCGAAGAAGAAAAACGAAUUGCAUUAGAAUGCGGAAGUAUAGAUUCUGAUGGCAUUCCCAUGUGCACAGUAGUCGCUGACGGACAGUGGUCGAAGCGUAGCUACAAAACAAAAUAUGAUGCGUUAUCUGGAGCGGUCGCAAUAAUUGGGUUAAAAACACAGAAAAUACUGUUUAUUGGUAUAAAAAAUAAGUACUGUGUAAUUUGCCAAAAAUCAGCAACUAAAAAUGAAAUUGCAUCCAAGCAUGAAUGCUUUAUGAAUUGGACUAAAUCAUCAACGAGUAUGGAAGCAGAUGGAGUUGUCGAAGGUUUUAUGAAUAGUAUUAAAAUGCAUGGACUAAAAUACAAUCGACUAAUUGGUAAUUUUAUAUGUACAGGGUGAUUCAAAAUUUAUGUUACAGCCAUUUUAACAUAUAAAUAUUCAAAUUAGUGAAAAAUGUAUGGUACAAAAGUUUUUUGAUUUAGAAACAUCUAUUAUGAUUUCCCAAUUUUGUAAUUGUUAACAACAUUUUAGGGGGGUUU